AUGAUCGCCUUGAUCAAGAGGAGACAAUAUAGUGGAGCUAAGAAUGAGUGUCCGUUGAAUCAUCUUAAAGAGUUCGAGAAGUAUUGCAAUACUAUUAAAGUAAACGGAGUUUCUCAAGAGUUCAUCUGGCUAAAGUUGUUUCCCUUUUCUCUCAUAAGCCGGGCCUUGGAGUGGUUGGACAAGGAGGUAAAGCCAAACUCUCUAAGAACAUGGGACAAAGUCACCAAGAAAUUCUUGUCCUGGUUUUACCCACAAAAGAAAACGGCGGAGGCUAGAGCUUUGAUUCAAGGGUUCAAGCAAAGGCCUAAUGAAAGCCUUUACGAAGAAUGGGAGAGGUAUAAAGAGUACCAAAGGGAGUGUCCCCACCACGGAAUUCCAAACUAUCAAGUCAUUCAAAUUUUCUAUGGUGGCCUAAGUCCGCAAGGCAAAUCAUGCCAUGAUUGGGGAACCAGAGGUCCCAUUAUGAAUAUAACGGAGGAAGAAGUGGUGGACAUUAUUGAGUAUGUGGUGAAGUACUAUAGAGAUUGGCAAGAUGGUGAGAGGGAUUCAACUAGCAAGAGUGGCUCUUCGGUGUACUCUAUUUACCAUCUAAAUGCGAUCAACAACCUCUCCUCCCAAAUGACAAACUUGGGAAAAGAAAUGACCGCAAUCAAGGCUAAAUUGGAAAGCUCUUCUUCUUUUCAAGCUUCGAAUCUUCCCUCCCAAUUUAAGGGGAGAGGUACUCUUUCUAACUGUCAACCCCUUCCCUCCUCAAAUAAUAUGCCUAGUGGUUGCUUGUUUUGUGAUGCAUGUGGAUCUUAUGAUCAUGACUCUUGUAAUUGCCCUCACGCUUCUCCAGAAUGUGGUGAUGAUUUUGAUAACAAUGAGAGUGAGCAUGUGAACUAUGUGUCAAAUAAUAAUGUGCAAAGGACUAAUUUGGAGGAUAUAAUUAAAAAUCAAACCAAGUUGUUGAACACAUACAUGGCCAUUAGUGACAAGAAAUUUAAUGAGAUGAUGACCCAUAACAAAAUGCUCGAAAACCAAAUUUCUCAACUUGCUAAUGCUUUGAAAGACCAAGAAAACCCUACUUUUUUACCUUCCCAGGGCCUAAAUCCCAAGAAACCCGUGAAUGCUAUUGUUACAAGGAAUGGUAAGGUUCUUGAGGAGAGAUUGCCUAGGAAGAGGAAGACAAGGAGGUCCCCGAGGAUGCUUUGGUUGAGAAUGAGGGAGAUAGAGCAUCUUUAA